AUGAAGUUUUCACACUCAAUCCAGUUCAACGCUGUCCCUGAGUGGUCAUCAAAAUACAUCUCAUACACUACCUUAAAAAAGCUAAUCUAUUCCCUACAACGGGAAUCUUUACACCGCCUAAAAGGGGACAGUGAAUCAGGAUACUUGAUUUCUAACGACGCAACCAGCUCCAAUGAACCGAUAGACGUUUUUAAAGCUGCGUUAGACAGCGAGCUCGAUAAAAUUGAUCGUUUUUACCGAAAGCAAGAGAACUUUAUCUUCCAAAAUGUCGAAGAUUUGCUAGAAGAUAUCGAUGGGUUUCGCAACGAAAUCGAUGCUGUCUCAUUGGGUGCCAAACUGACCCGCAGACGCCAGGCUUCCAGAGUGAGCGGCAUGAGUGAUUUUCUUGAAAGGGGCAUAGCUGAGGAUAGUAACGUGAAUGAGCAAGCAGCUUCGGACCAACAUAUUACCGGAAUGAGUGACGAUGUCGACCCUGUCACCCUGUUGGUUAGUCGUAAUAGGCCAUCACUGAUGAGCUCAGAUCAACAUCUAGGAGAUAAUGCUUUGCAACGAAGAAAAUCCUCCGUCGAUGAGGCCUCCAUGCCUGGCGUCAGUCGUGAUGGAAUGAUCUCCGAUUCCGCUCCAGAGGGAACGCAUCUUCUUCAUUCUUUUUCAGAAACAAGGAUUCUCUUGCGUAAGAGAGUUAUUGGACUCUAUACCACUCUUUCCGAGCUUAAGAGCUUUAUUGAGCUUAAUCAAACAGGGUUCAAAAAGGCACUCAAAAAAUUCGACAAAUCGUUAAAUACGUCUCUCAAAGAUGAAUAUCUUCAAAAGUUGCCUCAAAACUCCUAUAUAUUUAGAGAGACUACAAUGGAGGGAGUAACAGAGAAACUCAAUACGUUAGUGAAGGUAUACGCGUUGGUGUGCAAUCAUGGGGACGACUUGGACUUGGCAAGGUCUGAACUCUCGAUCCAUCUCAGGGAACACGUCGUUUGGGAAAGAAAUACAGUUUGGAGGGAUCUUAUCGGCAUCGAGCGCAAAAAACAGGCAGCAACAGCACAAGACAAUAGCAUGGCAAUUGAUGAGAAAGGAGGGACAGGGGUUUCGAACGGAGGUCUUACUUUUAAGAAUAGAGCAUUGAUUAAGCUUGUAAUCAUUGCCAUGAUCACCAUCCUUCUUUUGACAUUCUCACCUUUCGGCGAGGUUGAGCAAAAAAAUUGCUUCGCUUUGCUUGUCUGUGCGUCACUUUUGUGGGCAACUGAGGCUUUACCACUCUUCGUAACAUCACUUCUCAUCCCUUUGCUUAUUGUCACUCUUGGCGUUUUGAAAAACGAAGAUGAGUCGAGGAUGGAGACUGUCGAUGCGUCUAAAUACAUUUUGUCCUCAAUGUGGAAUUCCGUGAUCCUUCUACUCCUCGGAGGAUUCACCCUUGCGGCAUCGCUCACCAAAUACCAUAUUGCCAAAUUGAUAUCCACAUGGGUAUUGUCAAAGGCGGGAACGAGUCCCUCAGUGGUACUCUUUACGAUCAUGGCGAUUGCACUUUUUGCAUCCAUGUGGGUAUCGAAUGUUGCAGCACCAGUUCUUUGCCUCUCUUUGAUCCAACCACUUUUAAGAACCUUACCAAAGGGCUCGAGCUUCAUUAAAGCGCUUAUACUAGGAAUCGCUCUAGCGUCUAACAUUGGUGGAAUGGCCUCUCCAAUUGCCUCACCACAAAACAUGAUAGCCAUCGGCUCCAUGGAUCCUCAGCCUUCUUGGGGACAGUGGUUUGUUAUUUCUUUACCAGUUUGCAUUUUAUCCCUCGCUUUGAUCUGGGUUUUUUUACUCGUCACCUUCAACUGCAAUUCUCACAACACUCACUUAGUUCCUAUUAGAACUAUAGAUGAGAAGUUUCUGGGAAUUCAAUGGUAUAUUGUGAUUGUCUCAGCGCUGACAAUCAUUCUAUGGUGCGUUGCAUCACGCCUUGAAGGGAUCUUCGGUGAAAUGGGUAUCAUCGCCUUGAUUCCGUUGAUAUUGUUUUUUGGGCCAGGUUUGUUGACUACUGAGGAUUUUAAUAACUAUCCCUGGAACAUUGUGAUCCUUGCAAUGGGUGGUACAGCAUUGGGAAAAGCCGUUGCUUCUUCAGGUUUGCUCGAGACCAUAGCGAUUUCUAUUCAACAAGAAGUUGAGGGAUACUCUCUUUUUGGGGUAGUUCUUGUUUUUGGUCUCUUGAUAUUAACGGUUGCUACGUUUGUGAGUCACACAGUCGCAGCUUUGAUCGUAAUUCCACUCGUUUCUGAGAUUGGCAACAAGUUAGAUGAUCCCCACCCAAGGUUGCUCAUCAUGGCAAGUGCGUUGUUGUGCUCCGCUGCAAUGGGUUUGCCAACUUCAGGUUUCCCGAAUGUGACAGCAAUUUGUAUGACUGAUGAUCUAGGGAACCCUUACUUGAACGUCGGCACUUUCAUAACUAGAGGCGUACCCAGCUCGUUCAUUACCUAUGCAGUGGUGGUCACAAUAGGUUUCGCCACCAUGAAGCUCAUAGAUUUUUGA